UUCUGAAGGAGUCACAUAUAAGUAAGAGGUGAAAAAAAGGGCGUGUUCAGAUAGAGAGAGAGAGAGAUAGAAAAAUGUCGAAUAGCGAAGAGGAGCAGCAACAGCAGCAGCAAUUGGUGCGGGAGAAGGAAGAGAAGGCUUCUGUGGAAGAAUUGCUGCCAUUGGAGAGCAGUCCGUACGUGAAAUACAAAGACUUGGAGGAGUACAAAAGAAAAGGGUAUGGGGCGGAGGGGCAUCUUGAGCCCAAGCCCAACCAGGGCGGCGGUACUGACGCACCCACCUUGUCCGGCAGCGGCUUCCCGGAGGUGAAGCCCGCCACCAUUGACUUCGUCACCAACCAUGGCCUUCUCUCCUGAUCGCCUCAGCCAUGCCACCCAUUUUCACUUUUUUUUUUUUUUUUUUU